AUGUAUGUCUCUGUGGAGGAGCUGUGUAACUCCUCAUGUUUGUCUGCACUGCCUGUGCUAUCUGCCAGACUGGCUCCAAAUGGACAGCUGGUGCUCAGGAUCAAAGCGAUGGAUGAAAGCAGGAUCUGGAGCAGAAAUAUGAUGAAUGUACUGGGGCCUGACGGUCAUAUCAGCAACUUCGGAAAGAUCCACUUGGUUCAGUUUUCUCCAGAUGGAGUGUUUGGGUGGAUUUUAAAGGACCCUGUGCUUAUUGACAUCUUUUUAUCUGAGCCAUUUGAAAUUCUAAAUGGACAUCCAAGGAAGCAAAGACACACCCAUGAGCUAGGAUUACUGAUCUCAGGGCCUCUCCCUCGCAUUCCCAACCCCAUAGCCUGCCUUUCCCCCAAUGACAUGCUCAUCUUUCAGCUCACCAUCAACUACUCAGACCGUCUCCUCAGCCACUUUCCAGUCUAUCAAAAGAACCAUUUGUUCAGCAGUAAUCCUGCCUGGGACUUUGGUGCAUUCAGACAACUGGAACGCCUUGUCAAACAUUCCCAAUAUAAUUCCACCAGAUUUGCACAUGUAUUCAUGGAGCCAGGGAAGUAUGUGUUCCUGGACAAUGCAGUGCCGGACUGGAGCCUGAUAGUUGUGGUGAAAGAGGAAGGCACUGAGUGUGAUCCUACUGCAGCUGCCUUCCAGCCCACCUCUCCAGCACAGCUGGUGCGACAUGGGAUUGUCAAACAACAGCGCCUCAACCUGCUGCCUGACUGGGGCACCAUUGGAGGGGUAUUGGCACUGAUGGUGUUACUAAUAGUUGUGUUGACUCUGUCUGCCCUGCUUCUGAGACCUAAUCAUGCCAACCUCAUUGCUAAAGGCAGACCUAAGCCUAAAUGGCGCAGCUUGGGAGAACCUGCGGUUCCUGUAGCGUAUGUUUACAAUGGCGAGUGCAUGGAUAGCACUCUGUUGGGACUCAGGGGAGUGGGUGAAGGUGCAGAAGAAGAAGAACCUGCUGUGUGCAAAGGAUUCAAGAAUAUAUUCAUGGAGCUGGAAGGGUUCAAUGUCAAAACACUGUACGACAAAUUAGAGGACCAGAAUUUGCAUCUGGCUUCACAGCUGGCUAAGCACCGCAAAGAUACACAGGAGUUCUACAGGAAUAUCUGUCAGCAGACUGACGUGCUGCGGGAUGUUCUGGAGAAUAUGGAGCCCUCAAAACUGAUCCAGUGGAAGAAAAUGAUAGACAGUAAUGCACAAGCCAAGAAGGAACUGAUUUCUGUGGAGUCAUCAAUGGGCUUGAUGGAGGCCGUGCUGAAGUCUUUAGAGGCUGUGAUGUUAAGACUGAACGGAGAGGCCUGGCAGCAGCAGCAGCACGGAGACAGCAGAGAGAGUCAAAUCCACACCAGAAACACCCAGAUUUCUUCAACUGACAUGAGUGAACUGAAAGCACGGCCGGAUACAGAAGCAACUUCUACUGGCCCGGGUGGGCGGAAAUGUCUUUCAGUGCCCCCUCUGAGUACAGCACCCUGUGUGAGUGAAGAGGAUCUGGUCAAGCUGGUGGCGCUCACACCUCUCACCAGAACUCUGCAGGACAUACAGCAGUCACUGCAAGAACUGAGCCACAAGUCCAGAACACAGGAAGAUACAAGUUCUCCUUCAGCAAUUCCCGACGGCCCAGCAGAUUGGGCACCGGCACAGUUGAUCCCUGUUGCCCUUGACAACCUCUCUCCAGGGUGCUUUGCAGUGUUCCUGUUUGGCUGCCAUGUUGUACAGCUGCUGACCCAAGUCUGCUCGUUCCCUCCCGUCAUGCUGCUGCUUGCUAAGGCUCUUCCAGUCACAUGCACUGAUUCUCUGCUGGCCUACUGCAACAAGGAGUUUUACUACGAUACAUCCAACCAGAUCCUGUAUAUCCUCGAGAGCAAGCUUCAAAAUGCUGGACAAUUUAUCUCAGUUCUCUUACACUCUAUGGCCUACAUUAGCUCAGGCUCUGCUCCUCGAGACUUCAUGGGUGCUCUCCACUCAGCUAUAUCUGCCCUGAGUAUGCAGUUAUUCCAGCUCUCCUUCACUCAGGAGCGGCAGGAAUGCAUGAUUAAGGAGGAGAACCCACAUGUUGCCUUUGGAACAAUAGUGGAGGACUUCCUCAGUGUUAAAGUACCACCAGAAACUCAAUUCUCCCAGACUCUAUUGGCAGAAAGAUUGCAGAAGUAUAACUACUUCAAACUAGAGCAUUUCCUCCAGGAACAAAAACCACCUCCGGCAAACAGAUCUGCAGAAAAUCCUGGUCAAAUGAGCUGUAAAGUUGUAGAGCAGGAGCAAGCACUGAUGUUGAAGCGUCAGCAGGACACAGUAGAGCAGAGACUGAAGGAAAUGAGAGACAGGCUGUCUAACUAUAGUGCAGCACAGAGAACUGUGUGUCAGGAAGAAUGCCCAUCCCAAACUACAGAACAAACACAUCCAGACAGCCAGUCCAUGAGCAAACACACAGUCAAGCCAGCUGACAACCAGGGAGCGGUCACUGAGCAGAUCCCCAGCAAUAAACAACACAGCAAACACGUGGAUGAAGCUGCUGGAGAAAAGGACAUGGUGGUUUAAGGUGGUUUUGUAGAAAAUAACUACAGUACUACAGUGUAACAUAGACUGUUAUGAUGACUUAGUGUUCUAUAUUACUUUGUACCUCUGUCCUGAAAUUUCAAAACUGUUAGCCGUAAAUACAUUUUUACUGUAAUCCCUUAAACACUCAGUUAUACAGUUAUUUAUUUUAUCAGUGAAAAGUAGAAUCUUAGAAAUACUUACAUGAAUUUCAGAAUUCCUUAGUAUUUGGUAUGUUCCUUUUUGCUUUAUUGACAGCAUGCACUCAAACUGUCAUGGGACUAUUUAUUUACACUAUUUCAGCU